AUGCUUUGGCGUGCCGCUGAAGUAGAUCCUUAUACUUCCGGUAAUUACGGUUAUAUCCUCUCUCCUGCAAGGGUCACCAAAGAAGUACUUCUAAGGAGCGGUGUAGUCUCACUUUUGUUUUUGGUACUGGCAAUUACGCUCUUUUGGAUAACGAGCGAAAUUGUUCACCGCUACAUAUUUCAGGAAUCAAGUUCUCCACUCCGGAAAGAUACAUCCGCCGUUUCUGAUAGCGACAGCGACGACGAAACGAUUUCUAUUUUGCCCACUCAACGCUUCCACAAAAACUUGAACACAAGCUCACCGUACUUACGAAGAGCCAGUUUUGCCCAAUAA